AUGGGGUUAGGGCCAACUAAGAGCGCAUAUUUUGGAGUUUACUCGCGUGGUGCUGCAUCUGGAUCAUGCUCACGUUCAUGUAGUCAUUCGAGUGAAGAUGUACCAACUUUGAAAGGAGAGUUAAGUGAGGUGAAGAAAAAAAUGAAGGUCAUGGCAAGGUUCAUCAGUAAGCAAUUCCCUGGGCAAAAUUGGAUGGAAGAUGCCGAAAACAAUCUGGGUGCAAGUACUGCCCCAUCUUUGAGUUCUCGAGCUUCUUGA